AGUCCUUUGCCACGUGCGGUCGGCGGGCCCGAUGGCCGGGGCCUCGUCGCCCAUGGGGCCGCUCCACGCCGCCGCCGCCGCGCUGGCGGCGGCCCUCCUCGGCGGGCGGCGCUGCCGCGCGGAAGGACAGCGCCAGCUGCAGCAUUGACGAUCAGCUGGUCGCAGCAGCUAUCGAGGAAAAGUGCACGGCAACAUUGUGAAGACACUGAACCUGUGCACGUCUUUCCACAGCGACGUCUACCAGCGCUUCAGCGGCUACGUGGCGAAGUACCGUGUCAGCGGCUUCUGCGAGGGCGCGCUGGCAAUCUUCGACGGAAUGCAGCGCCUCGUGUCGUCCCACGUGCGCCUCUCGGAGGAGUGCGCCCGGGAGAAGUCGGUCGGAAGCCAGGUGGCGCUGGAAAUCGUGGACGCGCUGGGACGCCAUGGCGUCGCUCUGGGAAAGCUGCUCUCGGACGUGAACGCGGCGGGCGACGGGAGCUUCGCCCCUGCGCUGGCCAGCCAUCUCGACAUGCUGGCGGACAACAUUGUGAAGGCGGCGUGGCGUCCGAGGCGCCCCCGCGCCUGCCGAGGGCGCGCAGGGCUGGACCCGAACGCUGUCCUGACGGAUGUCGGCUGUGGCUUGUCUUCUGUUCGGGAGGGGGGGGGUGUACAGGAACGCGGGCAGAGCAAAACGAGCAGCAUGACGAACAUAUAACGAACACACAACGUUUCGGUGCAGCCCCCGAGAGCACGCCCGCGCCCUCGCGCCUGCCGAGCGCACGCCCUCGCGGCCUUGGAGACGGCCUUGAGGCCCGGGAGGCUCCUCCGGGGUGGCGCGGGGGGGCUCCCUAGAGAGGAGGCCCGCCGCCGUCCGAGAAGGCCAGGCCCCUUGUCUGCCUUCCCCCCCAGGGGCGCGCCGCAGACGUUUGGUCGGCGAGUCCUUGUUUGGCGACGCCCAG